UAAUUCCCUUAUGAUAAAUAUAUCUUUUUUUGCAUGGUAUAAAUAUGACUAAGAAACGAAGAAGACCUAAAACCAAAUUAUUUAAAAUAAGUAGCUCAACUGAGCACUUACAGUACGUUCUGCUACUCAAGUAUCCCACGGAUUUCUACAAGAUACUGAUAUGAAUUUUAUAGAAAAGCUUCUGUCGCUUCUAUUCAUCACUUGGCUAUUCGUUCUUACACUUCAAGCACCUUGUAAUAAGAGGAAAAUUAACCCCGAGAAAGCACUUAAAAGAUUACGAAAAAAGUAUCGUUUUGUGGAUGCAUUUCGUGUCAAACAUGAAGCUGAUACUGACAGUGAUCAAGUUGUUGGAAUGUAUUGUCCAUGGCAAGUCGUACAUGAAGACACAUCAACGAGUGGAGUUACCCAGAUUCCAAAGUUCGACGUCAAAGCUGUUUGCCCAAAAUGCAGACAUUAUUGUAAACCAGUGUAUUACAUAAUCAGAGUUCUACAAACGAAAGGAUGUGAUAAAAGAACUGGCGAAGAAAGAUGGAUACAAGUGGAGAAGAGAAUACCCGUGGCGUAUGUCUACAACCCUAGUGUCUAGUAAAAAUGUCUAAAAAAUCCUUAAUAGAAUAUAUAUUAUCCAAAUGACAAAGCUAAACCAACAUAGCAAUAUUUAAGAGGAGUCGAUAUUAUUCACSUUGCCUAGUUACAGUCCACGUGAAAUUGAUUUUUAUUUAUUUGUAAUUAAUAAUUAUCUGAUAAAUAUCAGUCCUAUAUCCCUAUUCUCAGUAGAGAAGAAUUCGUUUGUGAUAUUCACACGAUAUCUGUUGCCUUUUAUGAAGAGGGCGAAUUAAGUUCCAAUAGUAGUGAUAAUAUUUAAAAAAAUAUCUAUACAGGAAUCUAAAAACUAUAGUAUAUACACAUUAUUGAAAUAUGGCGACCAAUUUGAAUAACUCUUGUUCAGAACCGACUAGAGACUGACUAGCCUCGUGUGCACGUGAAAACACAAAAGCAUUUUUCACAUGUAUGAGAGGCUAGUCAGUCACUAGUUAGUGCAGAACAAUAUUUCAAAUUGGUCGCCAUAUUUCGAAUUGGGGAAUAAAUCUGAUGAUUUACAUAGUUUACUACAGAAAUGUUAGUAAUGUAAUAUUUAACAUAGCUAUUUAAAAGUAUUUUUACAAGAGUCAGGAAAGAGGAAACAUUUUUACAUUAUAACGUAUUUAACGUGUAUUUUUUUAA